GUUUUUCUUCAAUAAAGAAAGGGAAGAAUUCAAGAAUCCAACAAAAAGACAAAGUGCAUUAAAAAAGAAACACUUUCUCAACUCUUAAAUUGAAAUCAAUAGAUCGAAAUCAUCAUUUUUUGUGAUCAAAACCAGGCUUUUUACCUGUAAACUACAAGCUUAACAUUCAUGAUUCUACAAAAUUAUGGCCACUUGAUCUGAGAACCAAAAGCCAACAUCGGAUUCAGACAGAUAACAUGUAGAAGUCACUCUUGUAAAUGAUUGCAAAGUCAAAACCAGAACAAACGAUAUCAACUUUCAUAUUGAUUUUUCCUUCUUUUCUCUUCCAUAUUCCAACACCUGUUCUCCUCUCAUUGGACCACACUACCAUUCACUCCUAACGCCAACAACACUUUAUAAAAGCUUUCUAUUAGUUUCGUCAUUCAAACCCCCAAACCUUCAGCUUCUCCCUUGCUUUUUACAAUUAAACAACCUUUCAUGGGAGACAGCAGGGAACCUUUGGUGGAUCGAACUAAGUUCACAAGAUCCAUUUCUCAUGCACAAGACGAGUUACGAAGCUUUAGAACAUACCUAAGAUGGAUGUGUGUUGACCAAUCCAAUAUUUGGAGGGCUUGUCUAUCUUGGUUUUUGUUCAUUUUUUUGGGACUUGUUGUUCCAGCUGUGUCUCAUUGUUUCUUAGCUUGUUCCACUUGUGAUGCUAGACAUGCAAGGCCUUAUGAUUGGGUAGUUCAGCUGUCUUUGAGCAGUGUUGCAGCUAUGUCUUUUGUUUGUUUGACGAGGUUUGUGAAAAAGUAUGGUUUGAGGAGGUUCUUGUUUUUUGAUAAGCUUUGUGAUGAAAGUGAGACUGUUCGGAAAGGACACACUGGUCAGCUCAAUAGAUCACUGAAGAUUGUAUCAAUUUUCGUUCUGCCAUGUUUCAUAGCUGAGACUGCAUACAAAGUAUGGUGGUAUGCCUCAGGUGCUUCCCAAAUUCCUUUCUUAGGCAUUGUCUGGCUGAGUGACACAGUAGCCUGCAUCAUGGAGUUGUGGUCAUGGCUCUAUCGCACAACAGUCUUCUUCCUCGUUUGUGUUCUCUUCCGCCUAAUCUGCAACCUCCAGGUUCUCCGACUCCAGGACUUUGCUAAGGUUUUCCAAGUUGAUUAUGAUGUUGGUUCUGUCUUGUCUGAACACCUGAGGAUCAGGAGGCACUUGAGGAUCAUCAGCCAUAGAUAUCGAGCUUUUAUAUUAUGGUGCCUGAUCUUGGUCACAGGCAGCCAAUUCACUUCAUUGCUUGUCACUACAAAGGCUAAUUCUGAUUUGAAUAUUUAUAAAGCUGGAGAACUUGCUAUGUGCUCUAUAACUCUUGUCACAGGGCUUUGUAUAUUAUUACGAAGUGCGACAAAGAUAACGCAUAAAGCGCAAUCUGUCACAUGCCUUGCUGCAAAGUGGCAUGUUUGUGCAACAUUAGAUUCAUUUGAUGCAAAUGAUGGUGAGACGCCAAGGACUCCGGCCAUCCAUGGCCAUCAAUCCUUUCCUCAUAUGGGUACAGAUGGGGAAUCUGACGGUGAGGACGCUGGUGAUGAAGAAGAUGACAUAGACAACAACAAGCUGAUCCCAGCUUAUGCUUAUAGUACCAUCUCAUUCCAAAAGAGACAAGCUUUAGUAACAUAUUUUGAGAAAAAUCGAGCUGGGAUUACAAUCUAUGGCUUCACUCUAGAUAGGAGUACUCUUCACACCAUUUUCGGCAUUGAGCUAUCUCUUGUUUUAUGGUUGCUCGGAAAGACCAUUGGUAGUCUUUAAUUUCUUGAGAGAAACUUUAUGCAUACCAUAUUUGGGAAUUUUCUUCAGCAUGGGAGAGGGUUUUCUAAAGGUUUUGGUUUUUUUUUUUAGAACUUUGCGU